AUGUUAGCACUUCAGGAUCGCCCUAUCGAUGAGCUCAUUGGACUUGUGGAGGCUUUUGAAGACACCUGUGAUGCACUGUGGAACAGUCAGCCACCGUAUCCAGAAAGCAGAAUGCGCAGUCUCAUUCAGUGCAUGGUCGUACUCUCACUGAAGCAACUUGGUCCACAAAUCGGUCUACUGCUCAACGAACGAGGUGUGGAGGCGGAAGUGGAGAAGACCAUUGAGACUGCUAUGAGAAAUACGGCCGUGCUAGCCUACAACCCGUUCACGGAACAUAACUGGAAGUCGAAAGUUCUGGUUGCCGAGAAAGCCUUGGAUCCGAUAAUUGAUCGAACGAUUCCGGUACUGAAGAGCCGUCUGCAGCCGAACAAACUCGAAAGUAAUCAUCUCACUGCGGACCUGGAAAAGUAUAAGAAUUUCCUAUGUCGAGCCAAAAUCAAGGAAAAAUUGCAGAAUGAAAGAGAAGCGCUGCUGAGUCAACUCUCAAGUAAAAUUCUCGAAAAAGAGCGAGAAAUCGAGAGCCGUAUGGCAUCGUACAGCGAACAGGGCCGUUUUCUGACGGAAAUCGCUGCCAAGGUGGUGUGGAUCAGACAGCAGAGCAACAAGCUGGAGAACAUGCAGUCGCUGUGCUCAGCCCUGUUGGAUGACCUUAGUGGUUAUCCCACGUUAAACUCGCGCAUGACUUCAUUCAUGGAAAAGCUGAAGCAAGCCGAGCAGGAGAACUACGAUCAGUGGUGCCGCGAAACAAUUCAAGCUAUAGACGACCCAACGGAUUCGAUAGCUCUUGAAACAAGAGGGAAAAUCAUGGUAUUGGAGCAAAAACGUGGCACUCUCAAUGUGAACUAUAGCGAUCGCCUACUUAAACUUCUGAAGGAGGUUCGUCAACUAGCCAGUCUCGGAUUGAACAUCCCAUCAAAAAUCAUCAAUUGCGUGAAUCAAGGAGAAAAGUUCUACAGAUACGGUGUUGUUCUCAAGCAAAUCGCCCAUUUCUAUAACACUAUCGAUCAGCAGAUGUUACCGUGCCAGCAGGUGAACAAUGCUUUCGUAGUAUUACCUUAG